UUUCGCUUAAUUCUCCCGCAAGGUUGAUCAUCUCCAUCCCUCUCUCACCAUCAACGAAUACUCCGAUCGGCAACGACCAAUAACCAUGAAAAUAAUUCUCUCCAAGGCGGCCGUCGCCGUCGCCGUGAUCUUCCUUCUCCUUUCUCCAGCAAUCGCCGAGAUUAAAAAGUUAAAGAUCAAAAACGACGCCCGUCCAAUGAUCCUAUUCGAGAAAUUCGGUUUUACACACACUGGAUUCGUCGCCGUCGCCGUCUCCGGUGUCGCCGUCACCUCAACCCUAGCCCGACCUGAAGCUUCUCGUCUCGGUUUCUUCCUAUUAUCAGAAGAAUCCCUAAUUCAAGUCGUAAUCGAGAUCCAGCAAAACCCUAGCCUCUGCGUUCUCGAUUCAAGAUAUAUUAAUCAUCUCUUCACUUUCCGUGAGCUAUCUCCUCCUCCUGAAUCUACUUUCAAUAACUCGUAUCCUGUUACUUCACCAAACGAGUAUAAUCUCUUCUUCGCAAAUUGCGCGCCGGAGAGCCAAGUGACUAUGGAUGUACGUACCGAGAUCUAUAACCUAGAUUCCGGCGUUAAGGAUUACCUCUCCGCUGGUCUAACUCAGAUCCCUACAAUGUUCUUUCUUUUCUCUAUAACCUAUUUUAUUUUCCUAGGAUUCUGGAUCUAUACUUGCUUAAUCAACAAACGAUCUGUUCAUCGGAUCCAUAUCCUGAUGGCGGUUUUACUUCUAACGAAAGCUUUGAAUCUGAUCUUCGCGGCUGAGGACAAACAUUACGUAAAGAUAACAGGAACACCUCAUGGUUGGGACAUCUUGUUCUACAUUUUCCAGUUUAUCAGAAUUGUCCUACUCUUCACUGUAAUUAUCUUGAUUGGGACUGGUUGGUCGUUUUUGAAGCCAUUUCUGCAAGAUAAAGAGAAAAAGGUGUUGAUGAUUGUGAUCCCACUUCAAGUAUUAGCCAAUUUAGCUUCAAUUGUGAUUGAUGAAACUGGACCCUUUAUCAAGGAUUGGGUUACAUGGAAUCAGGUGUUCUUGUUAGUAGACAUAAUCUGCUGCUGUGCAAUUAUUUUCCCAAUUGUUUGGUCGAUUAGAUCAUUGAGGGAGACUUCAAAAACAGAUGGGAAGGCUGCUAGAAACUUAGCAAAGCUUACUCUUUUUAGACAGUUCUAUAUUGUAGUGAUUGGAUAUUUAUACUUCACUAGGAUUGUUGUGUUUGCAUUGAAGACAAUUGCAGCUUAUAAAUAUCAAUGGGUUAGCAAUGCAGCUGAGGAGAUUGCUAGUUUGGCUUUCUAUAUAGUUAUGUUCUAUAUGUUUAGGCCAAUCGAAAGAAACGAGUACUUUGUUCUCGAUGAGGAGGAAGAACGGGAAGCUGAGAUGGCUUUAAGGGAUGAAGAAUUUGAACUUUGAAGAAGAUGAAGAUUCAUAGCAAGAUGUAAGUUGUUGUUCUUAACUAAUCUUACAAGUAUUUGAAUUUAUUUGGCUUCUAAUUGUGUUGGUUUUCAAGUGUUGUUUUGAACCAAAUUGAGGAUUAGAUGAGUGUUUUCAUUCAAACAAACAUACUAUAAUAUUGAUUGAUGUUCCACUAAGAGUUAUUACCAGGAAUAGAAGUCUUGAAUCUUGUAUUUUGUUUUU